AUGGACUCCCAAAACUCCAUAUCCGGCUGGCAGCACAAAGUCGCCCAAAAACAGCAGGAAUGCCUGCAGAAGAUCCCCGCUGAGUGGAAGAUCCCGGAAAGCCUCCUCUCUUCCCUCCAGCUACCACUAGCCGAGAACAGAAAUGACCUGAUUCAAGGAGACGCUGUUCGCAAAGCUGGUAUCCUAACCGAGCGAGAACUGCAAAUCACAGAGCAAUACACCGUGUCUGGCCUUCUGUCAGCAUUGGCAGAUGGGCGACUGACCUCGCUUGAAGUGACAUUGGCAUUCUCCAAGCGAGCUGCAGUGGCGCAGCAAUUGGUAAACUGCCUCACAGAGACCAUGUUCCCCGAAGCCCAAGAGCGAGCCAAAUAUUUAGACGAACUCAAGGUGCAAGGCAAAUCCGCAGGACCGUUGCAUGGCUUGCCGAUCAGCAUCAAAGACCUUUUCCACGUCAAGGGAACGCAUGCGUCGAUUGGCAUGAUCUCCUUUCUGGAUGAGAAAUCGACCGACAACUCGCCUUUGAUCGAUAUUCUGCUGAGCCUGGGAGCUGUUAUCUAUGUCAAGACGAAUAUUCCCCAAACAAUGAUGACGGCCGACUCACACAAUAAUGUCUUUGGUCGUACAUUGAAUCCCCACAAUACUAUUCUAGGACCCGGAGGAUCCAGCGGAGGGGAAGGCGCUCUUAUCGCCAUGAGAGGAUCGCCCCUAGGGGUCGGAACCGAUAUUGCAGGUAAGAAAGCUCCUGGUCGACAGGAAGUGGCUAACAAACCAGGUUCAAUUCGAAUCCCUGCUCUAUGCUGCGGAACGUACGGAUUCCGGCCCAGUGCAUCUCGUAUCCCAAACGGUGGCGGACGCAGCUGUAGUACCCCCGGAAUGAAGUUCAUCCUGUCCUGUGCAGGGCCGCUAGCUCUGGAUAUGGAUGCAGUUGAGGUCUUUUUGAAGACAGUCAUCGAUGCGAGACCCGGCCUGUACGAUUCCUCGGUCAUCGAUGUACCCUGGAGACAGGCGACGGUCAAACAUCCCUUGCGAAUUGGCGUCGUGCCUCCAGACUCUAGCUUCCCUCUGCACCCUCCGGUGAAAAGGACCUUAGCGAAGGCCGUCAAGUUAUUGAAAGCUCAAGGCCAUCAUAUCAUCGAGUUGUCAGCCGAGGAAUGUAAGGUAAUGGAGAUCAACGAGGUCGCAUGGAAUAUCUUUACUCUCGACAGUGGAGCCAUGGAACACUUACAAGCGACCGGCGAGCCACCGGUGCCUGCUCUCAUUAACGUCCAGCGUCAGGUAGAGAUACUGAGGCAGGCGGGGAAAACUUACCUACCUGAUUUCAGCCAUUUAGACCGACUAGGAAGACUCGCUGCUCUGAACACCAAGCGAGCCGAUCUUCGAGAGACCUGGAGGAAGAUGUGGAUCAGCCACGAUCUGGAUAUUUGUCUCGCGCCAUCAGCUCAAAACACGGCUGUUCCGCACGAUAUGUUUGGGCUUGCACCGUACACGACUUUCCUGAACUGUCUUGACAGGCCUAUUCCUCUGACUAACAGUCAUUUAGACAACUUCGCGCAGCUGGAAGGAGCACCAUGCUCUAUUCAAGUCUUCACUACUACGAUGAGAGAUGAAGAGUGUUUGGAAAUGGCAAAGAUCAUAGACCAGUGUCUGAAAAGCGAGGCGUAG